UUAAUAAAGUUCUAUCUAAUCUAAUCUAAUCUAAUCUAAUCUAAAAUGUCACCACCUGUGUUUUUGUAUGUUUGUGUAUGACUAGCCUGUUAUAUCUAUUCAGGAAUCAGAUGGCCAAGGAUGCCCUUUCUGUCGCUGUGAGAUCAAAGGCACAGAGCCCAUUAUUGUGGAUCCCUUUGACCCACGAAAUGAGGGCUCCAAGUGCUUCUUCCUGGACCAACACAGCUCCCCCUUGCUGGACCUGGAUGAUGAGGAAGACCGAGAAGACUGUCUUGUCAUGAAUGGACUGGCCAACAUCAGGAAGCAAUGUGGCGAGCAUCAGAAAUCGCCAAUGGUGUCGCCCAGUUCUUCACCUGUCAGCCAACACAGAAAAGCCCAUGGGGGAAACUCCAGCCAAUGUGUCCAGCACCUCAGCCUCCCACCUGUCCCACCACGACGUGACCUUAUCAACAAAGGUGCCAUUCGCUCCCCAUCUGCCAGUCCCAUCUGCUCCCCCAAGUCUUCACCAGGCAUAUCUAGGAAGCAAGACAAGCCUCUUCCAGCCCCACCUCCUCCCCAGAGGGACCCACCACCACCUCCUCCUCCCGAGCAUCCUCCUCCUGUCCCCCCUGAAUCACACCACUCUUCGCUCCCCAGUUCCUCGUACAUGUCCUCUUCUUCUACAGGCAUGCUGUCAGAAUUCCAAAUUUCCUCUGAGACUUGGUGCUCCAAAGACAGCCAUUUGACAGAUGCACACAAGACUGGAGGGGAACACCAACUCCAGCUGGGACCCACUGUGCCUUGUCACUUGAACAGAAGACCACUCAGUUGUCCAUCUGUGGAAUUUGUGAGGUUACAUCAAAGGUUGGACGGGGCAGGAAAUUCAGAGAGCUCCAAGCCCUUCUGUAAUGACGAGCAAGUCAGUGAUGAGUACGACAUCGUUCCCUCACGGCAGUUGCCAACUCAGUCCAAAUUUUGUAGUAGCCACAAAUCCUCCAACCCUUUUUGCAGCCCUGUGUUAGAACAACAUCAAGGGGCAAUGGAAGGACCAGAGGGCAACUAUCACAUUCCUUCAUCCAGUCUGUGCCUGAGUCAGACUCCUGUCUGCAUCACUGUAGCAAGCAGGUCCUUGGAAAAUAGCCCUCCAGAGCUGUCCUUUGAGGAGGAGAAGCCCUGGUGCCUUGAGCCUGGUGAGUCUUUCAAGUGUUAAUUAAUUUACAUUUUUGGCUCAUAUAUUGUUGUUAUAAGCAGGCCAGGCUACAUCGUUUUUUCAUGUUUUGAUUAAGGGAUCCGUUGAGGCAGAAAUUACCUUCUGUAAAAUAAAAGAGUACAAGAAAACUUUCUGGAGAAAUCGUGGUGGGAUUGUUGCUACUGGCAGACUAGGUCUGGGGCUAUUGGUGGCACUAAAAACCUUGUUGCUACAGUUUGUUGCUGUAAAGUGAAAACAGGCAUACCUAAUAAAAAGGCAGACAUUUUAAAAAUGGCAUAUGUGCACCUUACCCAUACUGUAUAUUCAUAAUGGGAAACUGAGAAACAAAGCAGCCCCAGACCAUCACACUAUGACCCCUAUAUUUUACUGUUGGUUGAUGUUCCUUUUCUGAAAUGCUGCAUUACUUUUACGCCGGGACACACACCUUUGGGGGGGGCAUGUUAUUCUGCUGAUGACAGCAGCACUAAUGAUCUAAGAAAACCAUAUAUCACUUGAUAUGUUUUCUUGACUUUUUUUUUUUUUAACAAAUACUACCAUCAGAUUAAAUUUGAAAACGAUAACUGUGGACACUAAAAUGCUAACAAAAAGAUAGACAGACAAACAAAUAAACCAAACUGAUUACAUACUCCCUCCCUUUGGGGCAACAAUGACCCUUUUUUUUACAAUGUAAGAUGGAAUUUAACAUAGACUGAGUGGCACACUGCUUAAACCUUGUAUAGAGUACAUGCAUAGUUUAAUGGGGAACUACAAGUACUGGAAUUACCACUCAUUUUUGUUUGUAUCUUUCUUUGUCUCUGUCUAUGUACACUACAUUAUCAACUGUGCCUGUUUUUGUUCUCUGCAUUACCAUUUUACCAGUUCUAAACCAAGCUUAGUGAUGUGUGACUCAUCAUUCAUUUCACUGGUGACUAAUUUAGUUUUACAAUUUAGGGAAAUGUUCUAGUGCACAGGCCCAAUAGCACAUUUAUGUAACACAAGCACCUGUGGAAAUUUCUAACAUGUCAGGGCCUAACAUUCUUGACUCCAAAGAAAGGUAAGUAAGUAAGUAAGUAAAAUUUUAUUUAUAUAGCACAUUUCUAGAUAAAAGAUCACAAAGUGCUUCACAAGGUAUAAAACAAAAACAGUCAAAAGUUAACAAAAUGCAAUUUUAAAAAGAUGUGUUUUUAGCUGUUUUUUAAAAGUAAUCACUGAGUCUGCAGAUCUUAAGUUCUGAGGAAGAGAAUUCCACAGUCUGGCGGCCACAGUAGCAAAAGCUCUAUCACCCUUGGUUUUCAGUCUUGUAUACUGAAUAACAAGUAGGCCCUGAUCACAAGACCUCAGGGACCUACUAGGGGCAUAGGGCUGUAAAAGUUCAAUGAUGUACGCUGGUGCUUGUUCUUGAAGAGCCUUAAAUGUCAGAACCAGAAUCUUAAAAUGGACUCUGAAUUCAACGGGGAGCCAGUGCAGCUGUAUAAGCAACGGUGUUACAUGAGAGUAUUUCGAUGUUUUUGUCAGAAGCCUUGCUGCAGCAUUUUGGACAAUCUGCAGACGCUCCAGGGAGUUUUUGUUUAGACAUGUAAACAGUGAAUUACAGUAGUCCAAUCGUGAUGAAAUGAAUGCAUGAAUAACAAUCUCCAGUUCAGUAUGAGAUACUAUGGGGCUCAAUUUAGAAAUGUUUCUUAAAUGAUAGAAGCAGGACUGAACCAGAGAUUUGACGUGGACAUCCAGGGUAAGAGCAGAAUCAAAGGUUACCCCUAGGUUCCUGAUAGACGAUUUCACAAAUGUUGAAAGAGGACCAAGAGCAUUCAUUAUGUUAGGUACAUGUCUGUCUGGAGCACAUACAAGGACUUCAGUCUUUUUUUCAUUAAGUUGGAGGAAGUUGUCAGCCAUUCAACCUUUGAUGGUUUCUAAGCACACAUUUAGAAUCUGCAGCUUAGAAACAUCUUCAGGUUUAAAAGAUAUAUAUAGCUGGAUGUCGUCUGUGUAGCAGUGGUAGCAAAUGUCCUCAAAGGGGCUUAAAAUAUACUGGAGAGGAAGCAGAUAUAUUAAAAACAAUAAGGGCCCCAGCACAGAACCUUGUGGCACACCAUAGGACAGGGACGUGGAAGAUGACCUAUACUUAGAAACCGCCACAGAAAAGUAUUGUUCAUAGAGAUACGAGGAGAACCACUUUAAGGCAGACCCAGAUAUACCAACCCAGUAUUUCAGCCUUUCAAGCAAAAUAUAAUGGUCAACGGUGUCACAGGCUGACGUGAGGUCCAACAUUAGGAGUACAGAACACUUUCCUGCAUUGUUUUGCAUCAGAAUGUCAUUGGAAACUCUAAGAAGAGCUGUUUCAGUAGAAUGAGCUCUACGAAAGCCAGACUGAAAUUUGUCAAAGAUAUUAUGUUUGUCUAAAACUGCUGUAAGCUGCUUAGCCACAACCUUCUCUAAUAUCUUAGCAAUUAACGGUAUUUUUGAGAUUGGUCUGUAAUUGCUAGUGAGAGAUGGGUCCAGCAUAGGCUUUUUUAACAGGGGGUGUAUAACAGCAGUUUUAAAAUAAGCAGGGACUUUACCAGAUCCCAGUGAGGUGUUAAUUAUGGUGAGCACACAGGGACCAAUAGAGUGGAAGACAUUUUUGAAUAACGAUGCGGGUAAAAUGUCGAGUGAACAGGAGGAUGCUUUUGUUGCAUUAACUAUUUUUUCCAGCUCUGAUAGUGAGACGGGUAAAAAGCUUUCUAAAACGACAGGCCGAGCUGGCGUAGGAACUGACAAUGCAGAUGCUGAUGGGGACAAUUUUUUCCUUACAUUACUAAUUUUUUCUAGAAAGAAAGAAAGAAAUGUUUCGCAGUCUUCAUUAGAAGAAAUAUUGGCAGCAGGUGGAGCAGGAGUAAUAAUAUCAGUAAUAGUGUCAAAUAAUACCUUAGGAUUACCUCUGCUCUUUGCAACCAGAUGAGAAAAAUAAGCAGCCCUCGCAUCUCUAAUUGCAUUGUUAAAAGAGGCUAAAAGAUCCUUUAAGUAAAGGAGAUGAACAUUUAAAUGAGUUUUCCUCCAUAAGCGCUCAGCUUUACGACAAUCAUGAUUUAUGGAUCAGAUGUUGUCAUUUAGCCAGGGUAAGGCCUUGGAAACAGAAACUGGUCUCAUUUUAACCGGACAGAUUUCAUCUAAAAUCGAAAAACAAUGGUUAUUAAAUAGAUCUGUUAAGAAAUCAACGCCAUUUUGCGGGGAUAUUGUUAAAUUAAAAGCAUCCGAGAAAUUCUCCGCUGUGGAGGAAUUUAUGAUGCGCGAGAUAAUUGUCCGGUGAACAGGAAACAAAGGCUCAUGAAAAUACAUGUUAAAAAGAAUACAGUGAUGAUCAGAGAUAAAAAAAAAAUGUCCUCAGAACAAAUAGAAUCAAUAUUCAAACCCAAAGUAAAAACAAGGUCCAGUGUGUGUCCUUUGUUAUGUGUGGGGCCGGACACAUGCUGGGUAAAAUGAAAAGAAUCCAUAAUGUUGAUAAAACCUCUGGCAAAGAGGUCGGAGUCAUCAUCAACAUGUAUGUUAAAAUCCCCAGCUAAAAGCAGUCUGGACAACCUCAUAGUAGAGGACAGGAAGUCGCUAAACUCCGAUAAAAACAAGCUAUUUGGGCCGGGUGGACGAUACACCACAGCACAAUAAAAAGGAUCCUUACUUCUGAUUUUAAUAAGCUGUAAUUCAAAGGAAAGAAAGUGUCCAACUUUCACUGAAUGGCAGUUGAAACGGCCCUGAAAUGCCACCGCGAGACCUCCUCCACGACCAGAUCCCCGAGGCUGGCUGAUGACAGAAUAGCCGUUCGGGCACAUUUCAAUGAGAGACGAAUAGUCCAAGUCCCGCUGCCAGGUCUCAGUCAGAAAUAAGAAGUCCAGUUUUUUAGAAGAUAUAGAAUCGUUAAGCACGAACGAUUUAUUAGUCAAUGAUCGGGCAUUAAAAAGCGCCAUGUCAGCGGGGUGGAAGCAUCAUUUUUGGCAGAGGCUCGAGUUAAAGGACGUAAAUACUCGGGGUUUGAGCCUUCACGCUCGUAGAUUCCACUCGCCGAGGGGAUGAAAAGCCAGUCAGCAGGAGAGUCUGGAUGAACCCUUCUGAGGCAGCACGGUCUCGGAGAGCCGGGCCCUGCAUAUCCAAGCAGGGACGUGGAAAACAAAUUCCUCUCCAUGGAGCUGUUCUGAGCAUAGGUAACAAAGCACGCUCGACAUCGCUUUCUAGUCAGACCCCGCCGCCAGAAAAGCCUAAGCUUCACCUGGAUACCUGCUCUUCUUCCUCUCCUUCUCCGUGGUCUGCGGGGAACGCUGAGGACGCUGGCCGAGGAUCUAGCCACUGGCGGAGGAUCCAGCCACUGGCGGAGGAUCCAGCCACUGGCAGAGGAUGGAAAGUGCCAAAGGAGUGCGGGGGAUGGAAAGUGCCAAAGGAGGAGGAGGAUAAGACAUCUUGAGCCAUCAUUGAAGAUCGGAUGGAUAACAGCGUCAAACGAUCAUAAACCAAGGCAGCCAGUACAUCAUUGAUACAAAUAGAAAACAGCAGAGCAGAGAAAAACAGCACGACGAAAGAGCGUGACAAACUGCACCCGGCAGCGGCAAAGCCAAACACAGGCGCCAUCAUACCGGAAGUGUACAGCCUUUACUUGUCUCAUCAGGUAUGGCUUGUCUCAUCAUUUCUGCCAGUUUUAGGGUAAUUCCAAUAUUUGUGUACAUCUUUUUUGUGACGUCAAAAUGCAAGAGAAUUAACAACUCUUAAUUAAUAUCUUUUGGAUCUUUUUAGUCUGGUGGUUCUCUUUUACAGAGCUUACAGAGCUUGUAAGCAAAGCUCUGUGUUCCUUGGACAUUGGAUCAGGCCUUUGACAUUGAUGUGGUUCAGCAUCUCAGCAAAAGAAAUCAUCCUUUUGAUGUCAGUAAAUUGUGAAUGUCUAAACAUUUCCACACCAGCUCAGUCAAAUACAUAUAGCAGUUCAGCCCGUCCAAAAGGCGGUAACUUUUAUUUGUUUAAAUCUCGCAACAGCUUAGGUAAAGAUAACCUUUAAAACCUUGGAUAAUCAAUGCUUAGUAUUUCAGCUUUUGAUAACUCAUCCUGUGUGUUCCCAAGGACUUGGAACAUUGGUUUGAGACUGCUCAGUAACUUGAGCAGACUGCAGUGUUGACUAGGGCUGCAACUCGAUUAUAAAAAAAAUCAUCAUAGAUUUUUUGCUUUGACCAAACUUCAGUGUUCACUGUAGCCACCACAUACUCCUUACAGACACACAAACUCACUCAUUCACUUGCACACAGAAGGGAGAUGCGUCCUGCAUGACACAUUGCCACGGAUCUUAAAAUGGCUUAAAGGCAACACAAGCCAGAUGCUAGAGUUUAAAACGGACCUGUUCAUUUUGUUGAGCCUUCAGUGUACGGCCAUUGGCAUUUUGCCAGAAGUGUUAGCAGAAAGGAGGAAUAACAAAACCUUUUGACAGUGCUGGAAAUCACAGUGCCUUGCCUGCUGGCCAUACCAGGUUUUCUGGGUUAUAUAAGCCUUGGACAUGUUCCCCCAGCUUCCUUGCAAUGUCUUGCCAGAUGGUGCUUCAUUUCGAGUACAUAGUACUUUAUCACUCCAAGUGAAGGAAGGAGACUCCCAACCCUUCGAGUGUAGAUCCAAGGGCCCA